CACAAAAAUAAUCGCUCCGGCUUUGUUUUCACAAAUUCACUGAUAUUUCACAUUAAAAUAAAAUGGACGAACCAGAGAUUGAUUUAGAUGAAUCGCUAUUGCUGGGUGCAGUUGACGACACAGUUUGCAACAUUUGCUGCGCCGAAUUCCUCGACGUCGAAGACUUACAAACACACAUCGUGCAAGUACACUUAACUGAGAAACGUAAGCUACGUUUUUGUGCAGAAUGCAUUAAAAUAUUUAGCGACGUCGAAAAGUAUAUGACCCACAUGUUGUACGAACAUCUCGCGACGCUAGAAUGUUGCAAGCAUUGCUACCGCCUGUUCCCGGACAUGAAAACCAAAAUGUUGCACGAGAGGAAACACAAAUACCGCAGCAAGAAGGAGAUAUUCUGUUCGCAAUGUAACGAGUGUUUCAAUGAUCAGGUCUUUCUAGAACGACACGAAUUUGACGCGCAUUUGGACUGUGAAGGCAUUAUGUUGAACCACGGGUUUCCGAUACUAUCAUCACUACUGAACAUGAACGUACGUAGAUUCUUGACUAGUUACAACGAAGAUACGACGUAUGUUUGUGCGCGGUGUCAGUUUACGACAAUCAGUAUGGAAGCGUACUUAAACCAUAUCAAGUUGACUGACUGCAAGACGUUUGCUUGCAACAUCUGCCUCAAUGUGUACUUGCGAAAAAAGAACCUCAUACGUCACUUUCUGUCUCGACACGGCCUUACAGAUAAACACAAUAUAAUGGAAUGUCCCAAAUGUCAGGUAAUGUACACUCGAAGCGCACUACAAGUUCACGAAAAGACGUGUAGCGUGCUGAAGUGCUUAGAAUGCAAUAUAUCAUUUAAUUCCGUCAGUGACAUAACUGAUCACAGGGUGCGUAUACACCAAGAGUGCAUUAUGGUGGAACGAUGCCGUUUCUGCAGUCGACAAGUUAUUGGAACAGAAAAUAUGCAGAAACAUAUUGAACGAACACACCAGGGCACUCUACACUUAUACAAAUACAAGUGUGUGUACUGUGACUUGAUAUUCAACCAUCCGAGAAAAUUGUUCGCCCAUUUUUACUCAAGUCACAAGGACUUACAACCCUACACUUGUAAUAUAUGCAAUAAAAAUUUUCGCAUCAGAAAGAAUUUUGCAAAGCAUGUGCGAUAUACGCAUAAUAAUGUUGGGUUCUUGGAGUUCAAUGAGAAGUUUCAUGUUUCGUUCAGUGCGAAGAAAUCAGAUAAGUCAUUUGUACCAAAGAGUAUAUAUUUUAAUUCAGUAGAGGUGAGUGAUGAAGAUGAGAAACCGGACAUUACAAAAACAAAAAACCAUGAGAUAGCAACGGAUAAAAAUCCUAAAAUUGAAGAAGGAACUACAGAUAUCGAUGCAGCAGAGUCUAAAACAAAUAAAAACGAAAAAACAAACCAAGAGAUAGCAAGGGAUAAUAAUCCUAAAAUUGAGGAAGGAACUAUAGAUCUCGAUGCAGCUGAGUCAAAAACAACAGAUGAAAACAAAAAUAAGAAACAUGUACUAAGUAAAAGGAAAGCGAAGGAUAUUUCAAGAGAAAACAUCGACUAUUCUUCUGACGAUUCCGAUGUACCAUUGCAGAAGUUUUGCAAACAGAGCGAGCUGGCUAAUCAACGGCGACUAAUUAACCGCGCGCCAUGGAACGCCACGAAGAAUAAAAAGAUCAAUCGACCGCAGAAUAAGUUCAUAUGUGAGAAAUGCAACAAAAAUUGCUACACGUCACAGAACUUUCAACACCACAAGAGUUUGCACGCUAAAAACAGUAGGAAGAGGUGUAUCAAAUGUGACGCUAAGUUCAGAACGGAAUCGGCUUUAAAAGAACACAUAGACGAGAAACAUAUGAACUCCACGCUCACAGAUACACUUAAAAAAAUAUUGGAACGGCAGAAACAGCAAUCGGUUAAGAAUAAAGAGGAGAUAUCUAGACAAAAUAGGUUUAAAGUUUCUUUAAAAAAAGUUGUUUGUGUUGACAGCGAGACAUCAGCUACUAUGACGCGGGUAACAGAUAGCGCGAACAAAUCCAAAAAGGUAUCUGUGAAGAAUUUCAUUGAGAACUUCAUGCCUGAUCAUGAUGGUGUGCGGGUCAAAGACUGUGUCACAAUGAAAGUCACAAAUAACAUCAAACCACCCACAAUAACUCUAAAACGUUGUGAUUUACGCGAAACGAAUUACACGCGGGGCUUGAAAAAACCCGUUCAAUUCAAAUAUACCACAACAGAACAUAGCAAAGUCGACGUAAAACUAGUGUACCGAGAACCUAAACGUGCAAAUUUGAAUUAUGGUGAUAAAUUAUGUACUCUAUAUAAACCGACCACAGUAUUGAACGAAGAUCACGCUUAUUGUGACGAAUAUCAGCACAACAAUGAUUUUGUCAAUAAUAAUGAUGAAGAUACCAACAAUGAUGAUUAUACAAAUCAUGAUGAUUAUACCAAUCAUGAUUUUACUAAUCAUGAUGAUUAUACAGUUGAUUAUAAGACGCAGCAGAUCCCAGACGUAGCGGAAGAGGUAAUGUUAGCUACGGAGGAAGUCAAACCACACAACACAAUCACGGUAUCCAGUGUGCCGAACGAAUAUAAGUCGAUUCGUAUAGGCACAUUGCAAUCUCAAGCUCCAUACUACAAGAUAUUAAAAAUAGACGAUAUUUUAAAUGGUGAGAAACAAGAAAUUCAACAAGACGGUAAGUAUGUAAAUCUGCCUGAUGGUACACAGUUAGUUGCAGUGAAUCCGUUAGCACAUUUAAUUGAUGCGGAGGGCUUAAAGAAAAAGAUGCCUAAAAAGUACUAUAAGCCGAAGAAAAAAGAUAUAGGAGAGGCCAUAUCGAAAUUUUUAACGUCAACUCCACAUAAGAAGAAAUCAAGAAAAAGAAGUUCGAAUAAAUUAAAAGAUUUUAAAUGCGUGUAAAAGUUCUAAUCUAUACUUUUAUUGUCUAUACUAAUAUUAUAAAGCCGAAGAGUUUGUUUCUUUGUUUGAACGCGCUAAUCUCAGGAACUACUAGUCCGAUUUGAAAAAUUAUUUCAGUGUUAGAUAGCCCAUUUAUCGAGGAAGGCUAUAGGCUAUAAAUCAUCACACUAAGAUCAAUAGGAGCGGAGCAAAGCGGGUGAAAACGCGGGGCACAGAUAGUCAUGUUUAAUAGUUAAAUUGUAUGUUUUAGGUAUCUAUGUUUUGUAAUUGCUUUGUGUCUGCCUUUUUUUUGAUGUAAUAUAAAUAAACUAUAGCCUUAUGUUAUCCUGGAAUAACUUAGUUAUAUUUACCGCACAAAUAAUUUUUUCUUUAUUGGUUAAUUAGUUUUUGAGUUAUAAUCAUGCUGUAAAAUAAUAGGUAUACAUAAAAAUUUCUGGCACAUAUUUAUUUCAUCACAUCACUAAAGUAAGUCGAAAUAAUGUAAUAAUAAGUAAAUAUUUUGCUGUUGAAUCAAUUCUUUCUGUAAAAUAAAGGGUAAAAAAAUUUCUGGUAAUCAUGUUAGUAAAGUAAAUCAGAAAUACUGAAAUAAUAUUUUGUUAUGGUUUAAAAUCAAACUUGAUGUAUACGACAUUAUUUAACUCUAGUUGAUAUUCUUUUGUAAAUAGCAAUUAUUGUGGAUUUUUGAAGUGAAACAAUUGUUAACCAAUAUUCAAAAAUUCUAAAUCAUUAAAAUCUGUUCAGCCAUUCUUGUGUUAUAGUGUAACAAUGUAACUAACACUAAUUUCAAUAUAUUUUUAAUAUAUUAUCUAUUUUUAAAUGAAAUGAAAUGAAAUUUUCAAAAUUUAUUUUUAAAAGAUUAAUAUAAUGUAUCACUCUAGUA